UACCGGGCGGCCAUAUUUGCUGUCAUUUCAUAAACAGUCCUGAAGAAUUCGCUUCGGGCUUUGUAUUUUACAUAUAUUUGCUUAUUUGCCUUAUUUUCGCGAGUGAAGGGCGUGUUUUAUAAAUCGAGUGUGCUUAAAAAUCAUGAUGUCAAGAUCUGUGCGUGCUGAAACGAGAAGCCGAGCCAAAGAUGACAUCAAAAGAGUCAUGCAAGUCGUGGAUAAGGUUAGGCAUUGGGAGAAGAAGUGGGUUACUAUUGGAGAUACUACUAUGAAAAUCUAUAAAUGGGUACCAGUGAUAACAUUGGACCAGAAAAAGAAAACUGUCAGUCACAGUAACAAAGAAAAUAACCCUUCGAAACGUCCUGCCGUUGACUCUUCCAAUUCCAACUCUAACUUUGGUUUAGCUGAGGACUCCAACACAUCCUUCUCAAUGGUCAGUGACUCACAAGGUCCUACGGAUUUUACUGCACAGCUCGGGUUUUCAGAGGACUCAAAUUCUCAAAGCAGUGAACCUGGAUCAAAGCGCUUGAAAACUGAUAAUUCUUCUUAGUGCUAGAUUAUAUGCUUUCCAUUUUCAUUACAAUGUGGUGUUACAUGGUUGGAAUAUUAUUUAUAAAUUCCUUUGGUACAAAUUCCACUUUUUAAAGAAGGAAUUUCAAGAAUAUUAUAAAAUUGUAUAUAGUGUUUAUUUUUUCUCUUAAGUUAUUUGUAAUAACCUGUAAAAAAAAAUGCGGGCAAGAGAAUGUAAAUUUUAUGUAGAGAAUAGUGCAUGCGCGUGAUUGUGAAAAUGUAAUGCUCGAUUUAUAACUUACCAUUUCUAUAUGUAUAUGAGACCCUUACAGUAAUUGUAUAUAAUGUAGAUCUCCAUCCUAUAGUGUUUUGUAUUGCAAGUGAAUUAAUCUUCACUUUUCUACUGUCUUUUUUAAACAGUUUGAAUUGACAAGUAAUCUGUCUUGCACAGUUUACUCAAGUAUUUGGUUUUAAUUUCAUUAUAUCUAAUAUGAAAUUA